AUGCCAGUAAAGAUGGCAGCUUUUAAGUCAAUGGCAAAGCAGCUUCAACCCUUCCUGGCAAUUUUUCAAAGUGACAACCCACUUCUACCUUUCAUGGCUAGCACUCUACAAGAGAUGAUUGUAGGACUGAUGAAGAGAUAUGUUAAGGCUGGUGUGCUUCAGAAGGCUACCUCAGCAGUAAAGCUUCUAAAGUUAGACCUCUCAGAUGUGAAAAAUUUCCUUGAGAUUAAGAAGGUGGAUAUUGGACUUGUUGCUGUGGACAAGCUCAAGAAACUACAGGCAGACAAAAAAGUCAGUGAUCGCUAGGUAACUAUUAAGAAAUCUAGAGAGAUGGCCAUUGAUGUCCAACACAGUGCAUAAUUAUGAUAUUUAAUAUCAAAUUUCUCAAAAUACAUUUUUUCACUUUAAACAGAAUACAAUACAAUAAUUUCCUAUGAGCUUUUAAAAAUGGAAUGAAAUAAUGCUUCCUUCAGAGACUCAUUGACCUACUAACCUUGUCCUAACCCAUUGCGGACAGUAUUGCCAAAAAUACCAGAAACUGAAAUUUUGUCUGUGCUGAGCUUGAUAUUAUUGUUACUUUCAGAUUUACCAGUUCAAGAGUGAGUUUCAGUCCUUCUUAACUACUAUUGUUGGCAAGCUGUUUGAAAAGACACCAAUAGCCUACACUUUGGCAAGAAAUCUGACAUGUCUGGACCCCAACUUGAUUGUGACUGACAAAGAAGGUUGCUGUGCAAAGUUCAACGUAGUGCUGAGCAAGUUGGUGAAAUGCAGCAGAUUGAACAUACGUGAUUGUGAUCCCUUAGUUUUGCAGUACUCUGAGUUUCUUGAUCUGGCAAUUAAGGCUGAGAAAUCAGCCUUCGAAGAAUUCAACUUCAAGGUGGACAGGCUGGAUAUAUUUCUGCAGAAACAGAUUGGUUCUGUUAGUUCACUGUCCAAAUUAUGGGAUCUGCUGAGAGAACUCUUGAUUCUUUCUAACCCAAGUCAAGCAACUGUCGAGAGUUUUUCAGUAAACUGGCAAGUCAUGAUCAAAAAUUCGAAGGAAAAAACAUUCGUUGCACGGUGUACAAUUCAUGACCACAUUCAGAGCAUUGGAGGCUUAGUUCAGUUGGUUGUUUACAAGGAACUUCAUGUAGUAGCUAGUGCAGGGAGGCAACGUUACUCUGCCUAUCUUGAAGAGCAGAAGAAAGAGCAACAGCAAGCAUUUCAAAACAGGAAGCGGAAAAUAGUUUUUGAGGAAAAAGCUGAGUUUGAGGAAAAGGAAAAGCGCCUUGCCAGUGAAAUUAGUGCCUUGCAACUUGAUGUAGACUCUCUAGCAAAAGAAGCAGAGGAAAAAUCCAAGCUUGUACUUGUCACUAAGUCUAAUGCACUGAGAAAAGCAGCAAAAGGAAAGGAGAGAGCCCUAAAGAAAAUUAAAGAUGAGCUGAGAGAGCUGGCUAAGAAGAGUGCUAGCUUGUGA